AUGUCUACUACAUCUGUGCUUAGAAAGAAGCCUGCUAAACAGGUCACCAAGCUUAUGAAUGCAACGCUGCAAUGCACAGAACUCUCUACUGCGUAUGGUAACUGUGUGAUGAAGAACUACCAAAAUAUGACUAAGGAUGCCUGCUUACAGGAGUUCAUGGCAUAUAAAAAGUGUGUGGUAAAGCAUCUUGGUAGAGGUUUUUAG